AUGGCACAACAUUCAGAGCUUCAAUACGACAUAAUCAUCGUUGGUGGUGGAACUUCGGGAUGUGUAUUAGCGAAUCGUCUGUCAGAGGACCCAACUGUCUUAAUACUCUUGUUGGAGGCUGGCAGAGAACACAGUGACGAUCCACGUAUCUAUACCCCUGGACUAACAGGCAGCGUCUUCGACGACCCCGAAUUUGACUGGCAGUAUGUCGCAGAGCCAGCUCCUGCAAUGAAUGGUAGAAGCAUCAAGCAUCCCCGUGGACGGGUCAUAGGUGGAACUAGUGCUAUCAACUCAUUCGCAUUAAUCUACCCUUCAGCCGCUGGAAUUGAUGCUUGGGCAGGUCUCGGGAACAAUGGGUGGGACUGGAGUACACUUGGUCCGUAUUUUCUCAAGUUUCAGACCAUCGUACCGCCACAGAAGGAGGUCAAAGAACAGGUGCACAUCGUCCAUAGCGAUGAAAACAUUGCCAAGUCUAGAGGGCCGAUCCAGGCCUCUUUCCCGCUGCGAGUAAAUAAGUUGCAGAAGGCAUGGGUUGAUACAUUCCGAACUUUGGACCUGGAGGCAACCUGCGAUCCAAUUGAUGGACAUGCUGUUGGUGGGCACACGUCGACUUGCCAUAUCACUGGUGAUAGGCAUGAGCGAAGCCAUGCGGGAGUUGCAUAUCUGGAUCCUGUUCGUGAGCRGUCGAACUUAACUGUCAUCACCAAUGCGAUGGUCAACAAAUUAUUAUUCGACAAAACCAGUACAGGUCCAAGAGUUCGUGGUGUUCUAUACUCCAAAGAUGGCGCUCUCCAUGAAGUUAUGGCCAGGAAAGAAGUUGUUCUUGCAGCCGGCACAUUCAACACACCACAGAUCUUGGAGCUGUCUGGUAUUGGUGAUCCUAAGCUGCUUAAGCAACAUGGCAUCAACCUCGUCCACGCCAACUCGGCAGUUGGAGAGAACCUCCAGGAUCAUAUCCGGCCGGGAGUUUCGUUCGAGCUCGUCGAUGGCUUUCCUCCGCCGCUGACGGCAACGCCCGUUGAAGAGGCCCGCAGACUUUAUGAGGAAGAACGGUCGGGACCAUGGGCAGAACAAGCCGCGUUUGCCUUUUCUUACACACCGCUUGUGCCCUUCCUUGACCCGGAGGGAAACACAGAAUUGCAGCAUUUGCUGAAUGACCACCUGCAAGACGAUUCAGGUGUGUCGCCAUUCAUUCGCGAUCGCAACGCUUUCAUCCGCAAGGUCAUCGAGUCUCCCGACGAAGCAAGCACUGUGACCUUUCUCAGCCGGAAGCGAGUCUAUGAGGCGGAUCAGGGAAACUUUCUUACGCUAUUCUCCAUGCUUUCCCAUCCCCUUUCGGCUGGAAAUGCCCGCAUUGUCUCUGCAGACCCCAUAACGAAGCCCAAGAUCGAUUUUGACUACUAUGGACACCCGCUUGAUCUUGAAAUCCACGCUCGGCAUAUUCAAGCCCUCGACAAGAUUGCAAGAACAGAGCCACUAGCUUCGUGUCUCAAACCUGGCGGAAGGAGACUACCCGAGGAGUUCCCCUUGGAAACCAUCGAGAGCGCUAAAGGACUGGCUCGAGCUCACGCUGUGACGAACUAUCACCCCUGUGGUACAUGCUCUCUCGGUACUGUCGUGGACAGUCGACUGAAUGUCAAAGGCGUUCUUGGUCUGAGGGUUGUCGAUGCGAGUAUCAUGCCGAUUAUACCCAGAGGGAACAUCAUAGCCACAAUCUAUGCUGUUGCCGAACGCGCUGCUGAUAUCAUAAGCGAGGACUUGAGUAUUCGUAGAUCGACAUAG